AGUUUAUUUAUUCCUUCAAUCACAAUCUAUAUUUCUAAAUUACGUACUAUUGAUUUUAAAGUCAUUUGAAGUUUAAAUUCCAUUUUUGUUUAUGGUAUAAGUGUGCAGCACUAUUAAAAAUACGCUGACGUCAUCUACUCUUCGUAGUCUAUUGACUUUGUUGACAUUAAUAUUUGAGUUUGUAUUACAAAUUGUGUAAAGUGUUUUUAAAAACUUUGCAAUGAAAAGGAUAACAUUCAAUUAUAAUUAAUAAAUAAGGCGCCAGUUGAUAAUAUUAGUUGAUUUUUGCUUGUUCUGCUGAAAUAGAGAUAAUCAUGACCGAGAAAGUCUUGGACAAAGAGAGCUGGCCUCAGGAAGCCGAGGCAGCGAUUAAUGACAUCCGCAAGCACGUCAAGUCGGCCUGCAUCUCGCCCACGCUGCUCAGCAACAACCAGCGCAUCUUCAUCAACCUCACGACCUUAGAGAACUCUGAUUAUUGCAUCGAAAUGUCCGGCAACGGGUUCAGAGUUGUCGGCAGGAAGUAUGACGACACCUCCCUAUCUUCUAUCGAGAACAUGAACUACGAGACCCCAUACGCUCUGCUCAACAACAUCAGUCAGAAGUACAGGGAGUCCUUCGGAGGAGAGCUUAUGAACAAGCUGCUGGACCUGGCGGCGCGGAACUCUGAAGGUUGACUCCUCACCUAUAUCACGCAACCCUGUGACAAUCGUAUCCUAGGCAUAUCCGAAACCCCACACAAAAUUGUAUGCUUAGAGUGAGAAAAUAAUUUUGAUUACAUGAAAUGAGACUAACUUUAUUUGUUAUCUAUGUCAAAACUUUGAGUGUAUUUAGAAAUAAAGUUAGUUUUAUUUUCAAUUAGUAUUAAUCGCGUUAUUAAAUCUGUAUACAUGUUUACAUAAGAUGUUUAUUGCAAAAAUCAGGGUUAAAGAGUCGAUUCUUGAAACAUAUUAUGUAGUCGAUUUUUAAUUGUUGGAAUGUGUCAAAAUAUCACCUGUCAGUAUUCGUAUGUGCUAUAAUAAAUGUUUAUGUAACUAAGUUUAUAUAUAACUGUGUAGAACUUUAGUAUAACAUCGUGUUGAAUGCGAUUUUUGUAAUGUUAGAAUUGAAGUGAUCUUCUCGAUUUAAAAUUGAUAGAGGCAUGCGUUUCCAUGCACGCAAAAUUUACAAAACGGUUUAAAAGACUUUCUGCUGGUAGAUUAGUCGCCUUCUUGGGCUGUACCCUUGUACCAGGGUUAAUAUUACGAGUUCUGCAAACUAUUCUAUAUGUACAAACGCACUUAACGCAUUUAUUCAAGACAUAACUUAUUAAAUGAGAAUUAAGGACACCAUAAUGUACAAAUUACUUUGUUCCUGUGCAGCUAGUUCAUUUAAAGUGAGCUCCUUGGGUCCAAUCCUUGUUUGUGACCUCGACCUAGUUUAGUUUUUUUAACUGACCAAAUUUCAUCCUAUAUAAUGGUGUUUGGCUUUACAAAUGAGGCCUAGAGCAUACUGAAUCUCUGUGCAACGUAAGCUUGAUAACAUGUCUUAUAGAUUGCACGUUUGAUAACUAUUAAGUAGGAAGUUUGUGUGUGCUCGUUAGCUGCAUUGUGCGUAAUCCUUUCUAAUUGCAUACUAAGAUACUAGUGAGUAAUGUGAGAAAUGUUAUUGCUGCCGGUGCUGGUGUCACUUAUCCGAGCUUCACGCGGCAUAUGAUUAGUACAAUCGUCGACAGACUGAGUACAAACUUGUGUACCUCUGGAGUUUGGGUACGUGUUCUGGUAUUUUGGCGGGAACUUUGUGUGAAACAUGUUGACUAAGAUUGUUGUUAGGAGUCCUAUGAAAAAAAGUUGAAAGUUUAAUUUAUGAGUGUUGGUUCGGUUAUUGCUUAAAGUAUAUUUGUUUUAGUAUAUUACGGCCUAUUAAUAAAAUUAGUUUUUAAGUGUUCUAACAAAAUAAUUGGUGAGAUUCGCAUUCUAAAAUCACGCGUUUAAAAUUUAAAAAUAAAUGUAGAAUGAGCGGCUGUUACAUGAAAUUUAUUAUUCCGGAUUAUUGGAUUGUGAAUUCAACUUUGCUUUAGUAUAAAAAUAACAAUUGCCAGUUGUUCGUAUUCCCACGGUUUGUUUUUGUAUUUCGAGGCAAUACUAAGCGGGCCUAAUGUUGAAAUCGCUUGAGAACGUUUAACGAGUGGACGGCUAUCAGACAUGUACCCAAACUCACAUCUCUUUAGACGUAAUAUACACAUUAUAUAGUAGUUAACUUGUUUGUGAUAGUAAAAUAAAUUGAUGAUGUAUCA